AAUCCAAGAAACCAGUUGUCUCCCAGCAUUCAUUUACAACUUUUUUUCUAAACAGAACCCAGAAAGAAGAAGAAGAAGAAGAAGAAGAAGAAGAAGAAGAAAACAGGGGAAGAUGGGUUGCAGGAUGCAGAGGAGGCUUGCAUUGCGAAGAAAGCUUCACAUUCUUAGAAUGACCACUCAUUCCCAAUCUGUGAAACAGAGCUCAGCCUUCAUGGGUGCUUUUAUCUACCUCCACCAGCUCAAGCUAAAGUUGGAGGCAAUGAAGACAGAGCUUUCUGAGUUAGCUGAAAUCAGGAGGGAGUACUUAAACCGCAUAAACAAACUCCAGUUGCCUAAGAGGGAAGUGAAGGUGGAGAAGGGUGAGAAAGGGUUUCAAGUGAAGGUGACUUGCGAGAAGGGGAAAGACAAGCUGGUUUCAGUGCUGGAGGCUUUUGAAGAAAUGGGUCUCAGUGUUCUGCACGGCAAAGUUUCGUGCACCCCUAAUUUUGUAAUGGAAGCCAUUGUCGAUGAUGUAGGUAGUGGUCAAGGAAAUGAAACAGCUGAUGUGGAAAAGAUCACUCAAGCUCUUGUUAGGGCGAUUCACGGACUAAAAACAGAGGGAAAAGGCACAAGAGAUGCAUAGCAGGGUUAGGCAGAGCUCUUGUUAGGAUGCCUCUUUCAGUUUUGUAAUUUGCUUUGGUCAAAGGUAUGGAAUCUGAAUGGAUUGGUGCCAGGCCAUUGUUCGUUUUCGGUUAUUUGAGGCUUACUUUUAGUUUCUGGGUUAAGAUUCUGAUAUGGAAGUUUGAGGUGGGGAGAAAGACAAGGUUAAGGGCCAUUUUGAAACCACAUUAUGAAGGAAGAUGUCACCCAAAUGUAAUUAAGGAUCAGGAUUGGAUUAGUGACUGAAUCCUGAUGCCCCAAAUUGAGACGACUUAUAAGGUUCCAUGUCCAGAGUUGCCUGCUCUGGUCAGGGUUAUAGAGUUGGUUGUCAAAUCCUUGCUUGCUAUAGAGGUUGAAUUAUUGGUGUGUGGGAUAUGAGGGUUGAUGAGAACCCAUGUACUAUGAGUAAUUACUAGUGACUAGUGAGUGUUGGUUACGGCAUCAAAAGAGUUGAGUUUUGAUUUAGC